CGGCCGAAGUCGAAACACGUCCUCAAUGGGUAAUUCUGUCAUUUCAAACAACCUAACACAAGGCCAUUUUCGUAAUUUCAACCCCAGCUUCUCCCUCCCAGAAUCCAACCGCCUGUCUCCCCUCCAUUAAACUCCCAAACCUCCCUUCCUCUCUCUCCUUCCAAAAUUCCCCUCCAAAAUUCCCAAACUACCGCCGUCUCCCCCACCCGAAUUCCCAAGAUACCCUCAAAACCCUCCCAAAACCCCUCCCUCUGAUGGCCGAUCUGCUCUGCCCGUUCGACAUCUUCUCCGACGAAAUCCUCUUCGCUAUUCUAGAUUCCCUCUCGGAAUCCCCUUCCGACAAGAAAUCCUUCUCUCUCGUCUCCAAAUCAUUCUUAGCCGUCGAAUCCCGCCACCGCCGGUCCCUCCGUCCCCUCCGCUCUGAUCUCCUCCCUCUGAUCCUCGCCCGCCGCUACCGCGCAAUCCAGCACCUUGAUCUCUCCCUCUGCCCCGUCGUCACUGACAAUUCCCUUUCCGCCAUCUCCGCCGCCUGCCGCUCGUCCCUGUUGUCCGUCGACCUCUCCAGGUCGCAGCUCUUCACUCAUGCCGGCCUCGCGAGCCUCAUCUCUAAUUGCGGAUCGCUGGUCGAGAUCGACCUCUCGAAUGCGGAGGGGCUCACAGACGUCGGUGCUGCUGCGGUCUCGCGGGCUAGGAACCUGGAGCGGCUGCGGCUCGCGCGGUGCAAGAGCCUGACGGAUUUGGGGAUCGGGUGCAUCGCCGUUGGGUGCCGGAAAUUGAAGUUGAUCUGUUUGAGGUGGUGUUUGGGUCUGACUGAUCUUGGGGUGGGGUUGAUCGCAGUGAAAUGUAGGGAGAUCAGGAGCUUGGAUCUUUCCUAUAUGCAGAUCACAAAGAAAUGUCUUCCAUCUAUCUUACAGCUACAGCAUCUUGAAGAUUUGGUUUUAGAAGGAUGCCUUGGUAUUGAUGAUGAAGGCCUUACAACUCUCAAACAAGGGUGCAAAUCCUUGGAGACACUCAACUUGUCAAAUUGCCCAAAUGUGAGCCACAAUGGUUUGUCCUUGCUAGCAAAUGGAGCUGCAUGUCUACGCCAACUUAUUCUAGCAAAUGGCACCCCUAUUACACAUGGUCUGUUCGAUAGCUUACAAAAGCUCCCCAAGCUGCAAUGUAUCAAAUUAGAUGGUUGCCAUGUUAUGUGUUCUGGACUGAAAGCCAUUGGUGAUGGGUGUAUGUCACUGAAGGAGCUGAGUCUAAGCAAGUGCUCAGGAGUGACGGAUGAAGGUCUCUCAUUCCUUGUGAUGAAACACAAGGAGUUGACGAAACUAGACAUCACAUGCUGCCGCAAAAUAACCCAUGUAUCCAUAGCCAGCAUCACAGCUUCAUGCACCCGCCUAACUUCCCUCAGGAUGGAAUCGUGUAGCCUGGUGUCAAAGGAAGCGUUUGUCUUGAUAGGUCAACGUUGCCGCUUGUUGGAAGAACUGGACCUCACGGAUAGCGAAGUUGAUAAUGAAGGUCUGAAGUCCAUUUCAAGGUGUUCCGAGCUUUCCAGUUUAAAAGUUGGAAUUUGCUUGAACAUAACUGACGAGGGGCUUUUCCAUGUUGGUUUAAGUUGUCCAAGACUUAAAGAGCUUGACUUGUACAGAUCUGUGGGAGUAACUGACACCGGCAUCGCAGCAAUUGCCCAUGGCUGCCCCAAGCUGCAGAUGAUUAAUCUAGCUUAUUGUAAAGAGAUCACAGAUGAUUCCUUAAGAUCAUUGUCGAAAUGCUCAAGGUUAACUACACUUGAAAUUCGUGGGUGCGCUCGUAUUUCAUCCUCAGGCCUCUCAGCCAUUGCUGUGGGUUGUAAGGAAAUCGCAAAGUUAGAUGUAAAGAAGUGCUACAAUAUCAACGAUGCUGGAAUACUUCAACUCGCUCGCUUGUCCCAAAAUCUAAAACAGAUAAACUUGUCUUACUGCUCUGUAACGGAUGUGGGGCUCUUAGCAUUAGUUAGCAUCAGCUGCCUACAAAACAUGACCAUCUUGCACCUGAGGGGUUUGACUGUUAAUGGUUUGGCGGCCGCUCUGUUGGCAUGUGGGGGUCUAACAAAAGUGAAGCUCCACAUGUUCUUCAGAUCCUUGCUUUCUCCUCGUCUCAUCGACCACAUAGAAGCCCGUGGCUGCUUAUUUCAAUGGAGAGAGAAGCCUUUUCAGGUUGACGAUGUGGACCCGAAGGAAUGGAAGUGCGGGGCCCAGUUGCCAAGGUUGGGAGGGACGCAAGAGGAAUAAUAGGGCCCCGACACAAAACCGUAAAGCGGGGCCCCUUGUUUUGGUGAUCCAUACUGUUCAUUUGAGAGGCCAACGGUCGAUAAAGGGAUCCCCCAAUGGAUUUGAUGAUCCUCCCUACCUAACCGUUGGCUCUUUCUUGUUUGUUUUUUGUUUUUUGUCUCUCUAGUUUUAGGCUGCUGAAGGGUCUAGGAUCCUCCAAACCCAGGAGAUUGCAUGGGCAUCCUCCAUAUAUGGUGAGGAGCAUCAGAUCCACCCACGGUCAAGAUGAUCAAGAUUCAUCUUGUCCAUAAGACGUGUCUAUGUAAAUGAUUCAAACCAAAAAGUCAGGUUGUUCCAAUUCUUUUACUCUUGGUGGGCCACAAUUUCGGAAACAGGUUGAUGGCGUUAAAAGGAAAAAAAAAAAAAAAAAAACAAUGUAUAUGAUGAUUUCAAUAUCAACUGUGUUAGUCUAAAUUGAUUUACAAAAUCAA